ACACAUUCAUACACAAAUACACACAUCUAUACACACACAGUCAGACAGUAGGGGCUGGCUAACAAAAUCAGGAUAUGACAUCAUUCCCAGGAAGAGAAGCCAAACAACUUUUCUCUCUGCUUUUCGUGUCUUAUUUGUUUUUAGCUCAGUCAAGUUUUCUGAUCAGUUUCUGAGACAGAAUUCUUUAGACAACAGUGCAAUCUAUGUCCUCUGACUGCUAACUGGAGGGAGAGAAUUUCUCCUGAGCUUUCCCACAGAUCCCCACAGCAUUCCAAGCAUUCAGGACGGGACUAAAGCCAGGUAUCGUAGGGAAGACCCUUUAUCUUUUUUUUCCCCCUGCAUGUUAUCUCAUUGAUGAAACAGGAGACAUCAUCUCAUCUAUCCUGACAUUUUUGCUGGAGAUUCUGCUACUAGCUCAAGCUUUGGAAACAUGGCUCUGUGCCUCGGCCAAGUGUUUAGCAAAGACAAGACGUUUAGGCCUCGGAAGCGCUUUGAGCCUGGCACGCAGAGGUUUGAGCUGUAUAAGAGAGCCCAGGCAUCACUAAAGUCAGGGCUGGACCUCAGGAAGGUGGUUCAACUACCUGAGGGAGAGAACAUUAAUGACUGGAUUGCGGUGCAUGUGGUAGAUUUCUUUAACCGUAUCAACCUGAUCUACGGAACAGUCAGCGAAUUCUGCACCGAGAGAACCUGCCCCGUCAUGUCCGGAGGCCCUCGCUAUGAGUACAGAUGGCAAGAUGGAGACCAUUACAAGAAGCCCACCAAACUCCCAGCCCUCCAGUAUAUGAACCUUCUGAUGGACUGGAUCGAAUCGCUCAUCAACAAUGAAAAUAUCUUCCCUACACGCAUAGGGGUUCCUUUCCCGAAGAACUUCCAGCAGGUCUGCAAAAAGAUCCUAAGUCGGCUUUUCCGCGUGUUUGUGCAUGUUUACAUCCAUCACUUUGACAGCAUCUGUAACAUGGGAGCUGAGGCUCAUGUCAACACCUGCUACAAACACUACUACUACUUCAUCUCUGAGUUUAGUCUCAUCGAACACUCUGAGCUGGAGCCACUGAGACCCAUGACAGAACGGAUCUGUAACUGAAGCAAGAGGACACUGAUGUACUGUCAGCGUUUAUUCUUCAAUGGUCAUCAUCUCAGUAUCUCAGUUUUUCAUUCAUUGUUAACAUUUUGACUUAAGGUUCUCCUUAAUAGGAUAUUAUCCUACUAAAUGAGCCUUGGACUUGAUAUUCCGCAAAAUGUGUUUUUUAUGGUUAAAAUAUGCUAUAUGAGCCAGUAUCAUUAUAUUUCUGUUUUGGGUUUUCUUUAGACUGCAAAAGAGUCUUUUUGAUCAUAACAGUUUCCCAGUUUUUUUUGCUUUAUAUUGUUUUUUAUGGGGAAGGUUUCUAUGCAGCGUCAUUAGAUGUCUGUGAUUUGAAAAAUCUGACACAAAAAGUGUAGACUUUUUUUUCCCUUGAUGAGAAUACUGACUUGUGCCUUGUGUUUUCUGGAGCUGUGCUGGGACAUGUUAAACACCUGAGAACUCGGAGGAGCUUGAAACACAACAUUCUUGGUCUCCUUAAUGCAGCAACCACUGCCGAAGGGUCGACUGGGCCGUUAUUUCUCUGGCAUGUAUCAUGGAUUUUAUGUGAAUGCGUACUUGCUGUUUUUGUAUUAUUUUUAUUUAUACGUCGUUCCAGCACCAAAUGAUUAUCCUAAGAAUUUAUUGAACAACCAAACUAACUGUUUACUUUCUGCUGGUAGUCUUAAAAGAGAGCUUUAUUGCAGCACAACCAAGUCCUAGCACUCUUAUAUAUCAUAAUUUAUUUUCUGGCUAUUAGUUUUGUAAAAUUCGCUGUACAUAUAAAAAGAGUAUGUGAGUGUCAAAUAGAUCAUUUAGCCACGUAAAGGGAAGACAGGCGAUAAUUUCUUGCCCCAGGUGUACUGAAAUUUAUGGCCCCCUAGUGUCCAGAGCUGAGCUGUUGUAUCAUUACUGUGUACAUAGUGUUUCAGAAACCUCUUGCAUGAAUUCGUUCUUUCUGAAAAGUAAAGAGUUUUUGUAUUAUUUUUAUUAUUAUUAUUCAUGUGCAACAUAAAAGAAAUAUUUGAUAUUGGUUGAGAGAAAGACCUUGGAUUAUAAUGUGUAUUAAACAAU